AUGAAAGCCCAAGUUUGGUUAAACCAAAAUUACUCCCCCAAACAAAGAAAAACUAUCACUGAACUAAACAUUAGUAAAAAAAACUUAACUGAUUCCUUAAAUCUACAAGACUUUCCUAACCUAGAAUUACUCCUUUGCCCAAACAAUGAACUGACCGAAAUUGACAUUAGUCAAUGUCCGCAACUCAAAUCACUUGAUUGCUGGAAUAAUAAAUUACAAACAUUAGAUUUCACUAAUAACCAACAACUAGCAGGACUAGUUUGUUCCAAUAAUCAAUUAACUAGUCUAAAAUUAGGUGAUAAGCAAAAUUUAACUUAUUUGGACUGUUCUAAUAAUCAACUUACUAACCUUGACUCAAUUAAUAAUGCUCCUUUGCUUGCUAAUUUAAUCUGUCAUGAUAAUCAACUAACGAGCGUGGAUAAUUACAAUUUUCCUCAACUGGCUCAGGAAAAUUUCAUCUGA